CUUUAAUUUAUCAACUUAUAAUAGUUACUCUUAAGUGACAAACAUUAUAUUAUCAAACAUAUACAAGUUCGAUUUAUGAUACCAUCUAAUUUCUAUGUCCCAUUUUAAUUGUGCUUUUAACUUCUUCUUUUUCCGUCCAUUAAAAAUAGUAAUAAAUAUAAAAUAUAAUUUAUUAAGUAAUUUUUAUUAUUUAAAUAGUUUUUUAAAAUUACUUCUUUAACGUUUAGUUGUCAAUUUGGAUCUUUGAUUUUUUAAAAUAACAUUUCCUUUUUAGAUAAUUUUUUAAGAUAUAAAUUAGAAUAUUUGAAUUUAUGAAGAAAAAAAAAAUGGUGUAACACAUCCUCCAUUUCCCCAAAUCCACUUUUCAAAAUUGAAAAACAGUAUGCGCUCGAAAACCUAGGGUUUAUGUUGUUGCAAACAAUUGGGGAUUUUACCUAGUUGAAUUAAGAGCUUAAUCAAUGGCGGAUUCAUCAGAGGGUGAGGAAGAAGGGAAACUAACAGGAGGUAGCCAGCAGUUAGUUGUAGAUGAUGACCUCCGGGAGAUGGGUAAAAAAGCAGCUUGGAGUGUCAGCUCUUAUAAACCCGGCAAUGGGGUUCUUUCACUUCGCGAUGAUAACCUUGAAACCUAUUGGCAAUCAGAUGGUGCACAGCCUCAUCUUGUUAAUGCUCAAUUUCAGAAAAAAGUUAAGCUUCAAUUAGUCGUCCUGUAUGUUGAUUUCAAGCUUGACGAAAGCUAUACACCUGGUAAGAUCUCUAUCCGAGCAGGCGAUGGCUUUCACAACUUGAAGGAGAUAAAAGCAGUGGAACUUGUGAAGCCAACUGGAUGGAUGCAUAUAUCUUUAUCUGGUAAUGAUCCACGUGAAACUUUUGUCAACACUUUCAUGCUGCAAAUAGCUGUGCUCUCGAAUCAUCUUAAUGGAAGAGACACUCAUAUCCGCCAGAUUAAAGUCUAUGGGCCAAGACCGAACCCUAUCCCUCUUCAGCCAUUUCAGUUCACUUCUACAGAGUUUAUUACUUAUUCUGCUGUAAGAUGAAGCUCAAGGGACUAUACCAAGAGGAAAGAUGCCAACAAUAUUUAUUGAUAUUAAAAUGCAAACUGGG